GUACGGGAACUUUGACCUGAAGACGACUUACUCUCGUCUGCCCCUCCCUCACUGCGAAGAUGGCGGUCUCCAGAGUGUGCUGGGCUCGGGCCGCUUUGUGGGGUUCGGCGGGGCCCCCUGGACCUUAUGUCGCCCGGAGGCUGCAGUUUGUUCGCUCUGGCAUGGCCUGGGGGGCCCCUCGGUCUUCAAAGCUUCACCUUUCUCCAAAGGCAGAUAUGAAGAGCUUGAUCUCUUAUGUGGUGACCAAGACAAAAGUGAUUAAUGGGAAAUACCAUCGUUUCUUGGGUCGUCAUUUCCCCCGCUUCUAUGUCCUGUAUACAAUCUUCAUGAAAGGAUUGCAGAUGUUAUGGGCUGAUGCCAAAAAGGCUAGAAGAAUAAAGACAAAUAUGUGGAAGCACAAUAUAAAGUUUCAUCAACUUUCAUACCGGGAGAUGGAGCAUUUGAGACAGUUCCGUCGAGACGUCACCAAGUGUCUUUUCCUAGGUAUUCUUUCCAUUCCACCCUUUGCCAACUACCUGGUCUUCUUGCUAAUGUACCUGUUUCCUAGGCAACUGCUGAUCCAACAUUUUUGGACCCCAAAGCAACAAAUUGAUUUCUUAGAUAUCUAUCAUGCUCUCCGGAAGCAGUCCCACCCAGAAAUUCUUUGUUAUUUAGAAAAGGUUAUCCCUCUCAUUUCUGAUUCAGGACUCCGGUGGCAUAUGACAGAAUUGUGCACCAAGAUGCAGCGUGGUACCCACCCAGCAAUACAUGAUAUCCUGGCUCUGAGAGAGUGUUUCUCCAACCAUCCUCUGGGCAUGAACCAGCUCCAUGCUUUGCAGAUGAAAGCCUUGAGUCGAGCAAUGCUUCUCACACCUUAUCUGCCUCCUGUCUUGUUGAGAUACCGUUUAAAGACUCAUACCACUGUGAUUCACCAACUGGAUAAGGCUUUGGCAAAGCUGGGGAUUGGUCAGCUGACUGCGCAGGAGGUGAAGUCGGCUUGUUAUCUUCGCGGCCUGAAUUCCACCCAUAUUGCUGAAGAGAGGUGUCGAACUUGGCUGGGAGAAUGGCUGCAGCUUUCCUGCAGCCUGAAAGAAGCUGAGCUGUCCCUCUUGCUACACAAUGUGGUCCUGCUUUCCAUCAACUACAUUGGGACAAGGCGCUGA